GCUGACUGAAUCCAACAUGGAGUAAAGAGGAGAUGGGGCUCGUGCGGGGCCAUCCUCACCGACAUCAGACCUCCAUUUUCGGUCACCGCUUUCCAGUCCGUCCCGGCCCGGCGGGGGCGGAGGAAGAGGAAGAGGAGGAAGAGGGAGAAAAGGAAGAAAAGGAAAAAGGCGUAGGAGGAGGAGGAGGAGGAGGAGAAAGGUGGAAGAGGAGAUCGGAUGCCCUCCAGUGAUUGAGGAGUGAAAGGAGAAGAAAAGAGGUGUUGGAGGAGUGGGAGGAGAGACGGAGAUCCAUCCGAGAAAACAUAACGCACAUUGGGAUUAAAGAGCCGAGCGGACCGCGGGAGAGAACCGGAUCCACCGCCGCCGCCUCUGCCGCUGCCGCCGCCGCCGACGCUGACGCCUCUGCCGCCUCUGCCGCUGCAGGGCGAGGAAACAUGAAGACACCGCGCUUUGCAGCCGCGGCGGGAGUUUAUUAUCACCGGAGUUGAAACAGGAAAAACAUGAGCGAGGACACGCGCCCAGAUGAUGACAGCUACAUCGUGCGCGUCAAAGCGGUGGUGAUGACCCGGGACGAUUCGAGUGGCGGCUGGCUGGCGCAGGACGGCUGCCUGAGCAAAGUGGGCGUGUGCAGGCUGCUGGCGAGCGAACUGCUGGGACGCAACAGCUUCCUCAUCCACGGAGAACGCCUCAAAGACAAGCAGGUGAUCCUGGAGUGUUUCUUAAAGAAGGAUCUGGUCUACACGAAGGCCACGCCCACCUUCCACCACUGGAAGGUGGACAACAGGAAGUGCGGUCUGACCUUCCAGAGCCCGUCCGAUGCCAGAGCGUUCGACCGCGGCGUGAGGAAGGCCCUGGAGGACCUGACAGAAGGGUCGACCACGUCCUCGUCGACGCUGCAGAACGAGGCGGAGCUCGGCGACGAUGACGUCUUCAUGACGGCCACCGACAGCUCGUCCAGCUCGUCCCAGAAGAGAGAGCCAGCGACACACGCGCUGGCCCCGCACAACUUCUGCGAGGCCCGACGAAACCAUUGCUUCCUGGGACAUUUCUACGAGCAGCACCGGCCCUCGGAUCACUACUUCCCGGACCGUGUCAGCUUCCAGGUGGAGGAGGAAGAGAUCGUACGCAUCAACCCCCGCGAGCGAUCCUGGCUCACCGGCUACGAGGACUACCGCCACGCCAACUCCGCGCGCGCAAAACUCGCCGGCCGGCACCCGCCCGACAACCACCACGUAAUACACUUCGCCAAGAGCGAGCCGCCCAAACACAACCACCAAGCCCACCCGUACCCGCUGAGCUGCGACGGCAAACCGGGCUGCCAGGAGCGCAGAUCGGCGGUGACCAGGCAGCCGCGCGAGGUCCCGACGACGAGGCCCGAAGCCAAGAGGCGGAGCCGGGACGGCGAGCGUUCCCGCUGCGUCUACUGCCGGGACAUGUUCAACCACGAGGACAACGGGCGCGGGCGCUGCCAGGAAGCCCCCGACCCGGUCCAGACCUGCAUCAGGCGGGUCAGCUUCAUGUGGUGCGCCGACAGCCUGCUGUACCACUGCAUGUCGGACCCCGAGGGGGACUACUCGGACCCGUGCUCGUGCGACGCCACCGACGAGCGCCUCUGCCUGCGCUGGACGGCUCUGGCGGCCCUGUCGAUGCUGGCGCCGUGCAUGUGCUGCUACGCGCCGCUCAGGGCGUGCUACCGCUGCGGCGUGGCCUGCCGAUGCUGCGGCGGGAGACACAAAGCGGUGGGCUGAUCGUGCCGGAUUUCAAUUGCGCUCGAGGUCUAAAAAAAAGGAAAGGGGACGUGUCUGGGGAACUUCGGGAAGCCGGGACAACCUCGCAGUAUACCCCCACAGAGGUCAAACGCCAACGUGGCUGCCCCCCUUGUGCAUCAACAUCAGUAGUGGAAGCUGCAGUAACGGACAGUUAUUAGUAGAGAUGCACCGACAGGCCGGAAUUGGGCGGGUUUCGUGACCGGCCAGGUCAGUCUGAGGCUGUGGCCGAGUGGUAGAGGGGUUGCCUGCCAAUCGGAAGGUUGGUGGUUCCAUCCUUGGCCCUGCAGUCCCAUGUCAAAGUGUCCUCGGGCAAGAGGCUGAACCCCGAGUUGUCCCCGAUGCUGCGCAUACGGUGUAUGAAUGUGUGUGUGUGGUGAAUGGUUCCUGUA